CUUACCUUCACUUUCUUGUUUUCCUUGGUCAGCUCGCGACAGAGUUUCUCCAGCUUGUCCUUCAUGGUCACAGUUUUGUUUAGCUCCGAUUUUCCUUUUUCUUGAUCCUUCUGCAGCUGAUCCGCGCGCUUCUUGCUCUUGGAAUAAUCCCGAUCCAGCUUUUUCAUGUCAGCUAAUAGCUCGGUGUACUUUUUGUGGACGGUCUCCAGGCGGGUCAUUGGGGAUUCCAUGGUGUUUAGAAGUUGGUUUAGGUCGCGGGUCGCCUUCUUCACUUCACGCUCUGUAUAGUGGAUAUAAGUUAGCUAUAUUCAGCCUUCCUAGACCAGGUGCGGAGCCGCGAUACGCCGAUAGAAGCAGAACUACGACAUAGACACGUAUGCAUAGAAUAUUUACGCACCUAUCUCUUGUUCCUGAUCCUUUUCCCCCGCCGCAUCUUGCUCCAGUUGAGAGAUCUUGGCCGCGAGUAAUUUGGACGUCUCGUUGGGGUCGGCAACUUUCUUCCCCUUGUUCUUCUUCGCAAUAGAGGUGGUCGACAUGGUGGGCGGUUGCCUGGGAAGACCACACGUCUAACACGUCUAAGUUGGUCUUCAAAUGGGUUUGCGGUGGUCGUGUGGGCAGUCAAGAGGCCGAAAAAUUGUGCAAUGCCGCAAUUCGGAUACACGGUCGAAAAGAGGGAGGGGUGCGUUCAAUCGGACUGCGGGGAAGGCAGACAAGGCGUGACCCCAGAGGUAAGGCGGGCUCGGUCGAGAGAUCACCUCGGGGUCAACUGUGUGAGGCUCGUAGCGCUACUUGAGGUGAGUUGUAACUUAUGGUUCCUUCUAACGGUCUUCGCAGAACUCGACGAGGGGAUCCUUAGUCAUCGAACCAGCCGCACCGAGCAGACUGGCCAGCCACGGACUUCUUUACCCUCGAACUGGAUGGACAAAUAUCGCUGCUAGUUGUGCAAGGGGCAGUUGGAUUUGAAUUAAGGAGAGUCUCAUGAAUCUGUAGGCUCCUUUUGCUGGUGUAGGUAGUAGUUGCAGUCACCAGGGCGCCACUGAAUUCCCCCAAUUGGAUGACAUAAGCCCCGGUGUCCUCGGUCCGAUCCAUCUCGUUACAGCAUUUGCAAUCUUCAAACUUCCGGCUUUGUUCGACGUUCUCAACACAAAAGGCACGCACUGUUAUUGAAAUAGCCGUGGGUAUUUUGAUUCUGACUGCGAUGAACACUUGCCAAGUGUGCUGAACCUACCACCUUACUAUGCUACGCUCCACUCUGGGCCUGGGCAGAGCCCGGGUCCCGUCUUUGCGACAACCGGUUCCUGGCCGUUUUUCCAGACUAACUUCGGUGGUUCCACGGCCAUUUGGAGCAACGAGACUGGCAUCUACGAUUACUGACCUUGAAAGCUUCCCUGCCGUCGGUGAGAAGCUUCAUGGAUUUACCGUUCGGGAGAAGAAGCAUGUUCCGGAGCUCCACCUGACUGCAGUGCGGCUCACCCACGACAAAACCGAUGCGGACUACCUUCAUGUGGCUCGGGAUGACAAGAACAAUGUCUUUGGUAUUGGUUUCAAGACCAAUCCUCCUGAUGCGACGGGUGUACCGCAUAUUCUAGAGCACACUACCCUUUGUGGAAGUGAGAAGUACCCGAUUCGCGAUCCCUUUUUCAAGAUGCUUCCACGCUCCCUCUCAAACUUCAUGAAUGCGUUCACCUCUUCCGACCACACCACAUACCCUUUCGCGACAACCAACUCCCAAGAUUUCCAAAACCUUCUUUCUGUAUACCUCGAUGCAACACUCCACCCCCUUCUUAAGGCAGACGAUUUCCGACAGGAAGGCUGGCGUUUGGGUCCUGAAGAUCCACGUGCUUUCCUCCCGGUAGAAGGACAACCGGAGAAGAAGGCCGAACUGGAAGACAUUGUGUUCAAGGGCGUCGUUUACAAUGAGAUGAAGGGCCAGAUUUCGGAUUCCAACUACCUCUACUACAUUCGUUUCAAGGAGAGCAUUAUCCCGGCUCUUAAUAACUCAGGUGGCGACCCAGAGUAUAUCACGGACCUCACGCAUCAGCAGUUGUCGGAGUUCUCGAAGCGCAACUACCACCCAAGCAACUCCAAGAUUUUAACUUAUGGAGAUAUGCCUCUUGCCCGUCAUUUGGAACAGAUUGGAGCUGUCUUGGAAAGAUUCAACAAAGGAGACGCUGACACCGAAGUGAAGCUGCCUCUUGAUCUGAGCCAAGGCUUGAACGUCACAGUACCUGGACCUGUCGACACCUUUUCGAGCGAGGAUAAGCAACACAAGACAUCCACAUCUUGGUAUAUGGGGGAUUCGACAGAUACCGUCGAGACCUUCUCCGUUGGAAUCAUUUCCUCUCUGUUACUGGAUGGCUAUGGCUCACCCAUGUAUCGGGCUCUGAUUGAAAGCGGCCUGGGCUCCUCCUUCACCCCCAACACCGGCUUAGAUUCCUCCGGCAAGGUCCCGAUCUUCUCCGUCGGUGUCACAGGUGUCAGUGAAGCGGAGGCUCCUACUGUCAAAGAAGUGAUCCAGAAGGCUUUCCAGGAGUCUGUCCAGGCUGGCUUUAGCGAAGAGAAGGUUCGUGGCUUCCUCCACCAGCUGGAGCUCUCUCUCCGUCAUAAGACCGCGAACUUUGGCAUUGGGGUUAUGGAGAAGACCAUCUCGUCCUGGUUCAACGGUGCCAACCCAAUGAAGGAGCUGGCUUGGAACGACGUUAUUGAGGAGUUUAAGAGGAGGUAUGAGAAGCCUGGCUAUCUGGAAUCUCUAGUGGAGAAGUACCUUCUUAAUGAUCGUUGUAUGACGUUCACGAUGGUUGGAUCUCCGACUUUCAAUAAAGAGCUUGAUCAGAAAGAGGUUGUGCGCAAGGACAAGAAGCUCGCUCAACUCAUUGAGGAGCAUGGCUCAGUUGAAAAGGCUGUGGCUAAUCUCACCGCUGCAGAGCUUCAGCUGCUGAAGGUUCAGGAAGACGCUCAUAACGCCGAUUUGAGCUGUCUUCCCACCCUGCGAGUGAAGGACAUCUCCCGCGAGAAGGAGCGUAAGCCGGUGCGCGAGUCGAAGGUUGACGAUACGGAAGUUGUCUGGCGUGAGGCUCCCACCAAUGGUUUGACCUAUUUCCAGGCUGUCAACGCUUUCCAGGAUCUUCCAGAUGAAUUGCGACUCUUGUUGCCGCUUUUCAAUGACUGUGUCAUGCGUUUGGGCACCGCAAACCGCUCAAUGGAACAGUGGGAGGAUCUCAUCAAACUGAAGACCGGUGGCAUCUCCACUUCGUCCUUCCUCGUUUCUUCUCCCACUCAGCUCGACCAGUUCAAGGAAGGAAUGCAGUUCUCUGGCUUUGCCCUGGACAGCAACAUCCCCGAGAUGUUGGACAUGCUCUCUACCCUGGUUACGGAGACUGAUUUCUCAAGCCCCGCCGCUCCUGCUAUGAUUCAAGAACUCCUGCGCUUGACCACUAACGGAGCUUUGGAUUCCGUUGCCUCGACCGGUCACCGUUUCGCUGUGAAUGCCGCCGCGGCCAAUCUCUCCCGGAGCUUGUGGAUCCAGGAGCAACAAUCCGGUCUGGAGCAGUUGCAGGCUACUGCAAACCUUCUCCGUGACGCGGGGACCUCUCCUGAGCGUCUGCAGGAGUUGAUUGAUAAGUUGCGCCUAAUCCAGUCGUUUGCAAUCUCACGGUCGUCUAGCCUCCGCGUUCGUAUGGUCUGCGAGCCAGAGAGUGCUUCCCAAAAUGAGUCCGUCCUGCAGAAGUGGUUGUCUGGAUUGCCACAGGUCUCUUCGCCACGUGCAUCCACCGCGCCAUCAUUCAAGUCUGUUGACAAGGCUUUCUAUGAUCUCCCCUACAAGGUCUACUACUCUGGUCAGGCUACUCAGACUGUCCCAUUCACCGACCCGGCUAGCGCACCCCUUACCGUACUAUCGCAGAUGCUCACUCACAACUACCUCCACCCCGAAAUUCGGGAGAAGGGCGGUGCUUACGGAGCGGGUGCUAGCAACGGUCCACUCAAAGGCAUCUUCACCUUCAUGAGUUACCGAGAUCCUAAUCCUUUGAACUCGUUGAAGGUCUUCCAGAACAGCGGUAUCUUCGCCAGGGAUCGCGCUUGGUCUGAGCGUGAGAUCGAGGAGGCCAAGCUCGGCAUCUUCCAGGGCCUGGAUGCUCCAGUCAGUGUUGAUGACGAGGGUGCUCGCUACUUCAUGAGCGGUGUCACCCACGAGAUGGACCAGCGCUGGAGAGAGCAGGUUCUGGACGUCACCACCAAGGAUGUGAACGAAGUUGCUGAUCGUUUCCUGGUGAACGGCUCGCGCAAGACAACCUGCGUCCUUGGCGAGAAGAAGGACUGGGCUGACUCUGAGUGGGAGGUUCGCAAGCUUUCCAUGGGUCAGCCAGACGAUGCUCCGGCUGCUUAGAAGGCCGACCCUUGUCUCUCUCAAUACCAUGUAUUGAUUGGCAUCCACCGAGGGAAGUGAUUCACUAUAUACCCCGCUCAUUCUCCCGUGUAUUUCUACUCACUCUUGCAUUGUCCCAACUCUUUUGCAUCUUCUUGUACAUAAAUGUAUACUAUAUGACCUGCAUGAAACCCCGGUCACUAUCUCUUUUCCUUUUCCUUGCCUUUUUGGUCCCACACCUCUUCACACCGCGCUAUCAAGAUCUAUACGUGCUUUCAAGCACCGGAGCUUUUUCUCACGUCUUCAACCAGUCAUCCCCAUUGAUUGAAAGAUGUGGCAUUCUAUUACCUCAGGUAGUGGAUGCAUGCGCAAGAACAAUGAGAAUGUGAACCCGUGAGGUACACUUCUCAUCUCCGUUUUUCGGAACCGCCCUGAACACACUUUCAGCCUACGCAGGGCGGACUAAAAACGCGAGUACAUGAACGAUAGAAUUUCCAAAUAAUAGACAUCAUUUUAUUCAGCAA